UUGAAGAUGUUUUAAUUGUAUUUACAUUUGCUAUAAAGCCAAGUACAGCUACGUCAUCAGCCAUUUUAGGCCAAAGAUGUUCUCUUCAAUCCUGAUAAAGAGCCACAAACCUGUUUCUCUGGAAAGAAAAAACAUGUUUUCCAUUUUAAAAAUCUACCACCACAACAAUUGCCAUUGAAAUCUGUACUAAAAGAUUUGUAGGCUGAAAUUGCUGCCCUAAGAAUUCCCAUUUACUGGGUUCAAGUUUCUUGGCUACUGACCCCUGAACAAGCAUGCAGAAAACCAAAGUCAAGUCUAAACUCUUGAUAUGCAUGCUUGUUCUGCCUCAAACUAUGGAAGCCAAUGGGUUAACAGCCUUUACCAGAAUAUUCAGGAGUGGGUGGCAGACUCUUGAGGUCCAAGCUUGUGGAAUGCUUGAUUUGUGCAUUUGCCAUCAUGGGUCAGAGAGUGUUUUGCCCCAAAGAAACAUUUGCCCAUGUUUAUAAGGUGCCUUGCCCUCUUAACUUUAAAGACAUAGUAAUCCUAGACCUCCACAAAAUGUAUUUCGAAUGCUAUGCAUAAUUUGUCAAAGUAAAAUUCAGGUUACCCAUAGCAACCAAGUAUGUUCCAUUAUCCCAGCAAGGGCAGGGACUGGGCCAUUUAGUGGGACUGGACUAUUUAGUGUGAAUAUAAAAUUACAUUUCUAUUGAGUCUGCAGCCAUCUUUGAUCUCUCUUAAAUGGAAAAUUUAAAACAUGGUUUCUUAAUACAUAGUUGAUUUGGACACUGUUGGAGGUAAACAUCCCUAGAAAAGUCAUUUUCUAUAACUUGCUCCUUGACUUUUUUUUACUUGCUGUAAAAAAAUAAGUUAAAAAAAAAAUGGAGUCGAUAGCUUGCUGUGGGUAAUGUCACCAGUUGAGAGAGCCCAUCAAUGACCCCCAUUCUCUUUUACCAUGGUAUAGCAUAAAAAGGGUUUAAGAUUUUUCAAGGUUGAUCAGAUCCAGUUCAAUAAAACCUCAGAUGCCCAUAUUUUAAAGUUUGAUUUCCAUUGUCAAUGACAUUUGAAAAUGUGUUUUCUUCAACAAGGUAGCAGAAGCCCACCACCCUCCGGCACAUUACAAUGGAACCUACCUUCACAACUGUUUACGCUGAGGAAAUCCCUGAACAAUAUCAAGUUAUCAAGAGGCUGGGUCAAGGUACUUUUGGUAAAGUCUUACUCAUCCAGGACAAGAACACAGGUAAACCAAUGGCUAUGAAAUUGGCAAGGAAGGACAGGAUCAAGCGGAAAGCCUUUCUAAAGGAACUCUCCAUGUCCAUCUCUCUGUCAAACCACCAAGGCAUUAUAACCACCUAUCCAAUUUUCAUUGAAACCAUGCGCCAUUAUCUCAUGACCCAGGAGCUGGCUAUAGCUGGAACCCUACAUGACCUCAUUGAGCCUCAGGUAGGAUUGCCAGAAGACAUGGUAAAGCGCUGUGCACUACAGCUGGCCUGGGCUCUGGAUUUUAUGCACAGUAGAGGAUUGGUGCACCGAGACCUUAAGCCAGACAAUGUCCUGCUCAUGGACAAAGAAUGCCACACAAUCAAAUUGUGCGACUUCGGCCUAACGGAGACCAUUGGCAGCAUUGUCACUAAAAUGUCCCACAUCAUCCCCUAUAUGUCACCAGAGCUGUGUGCUUUGAAAAAAAAUCAGUACUUGGUCACAACUCCAAGUCUAGAUUCCUGGGCUUUCGCAGUUCUUCUCUUCAUUGCUCUAACAGGAAACUUUCCCUGGAAAGAAGCUGUGCCGGAGGAUAUUAUGUACCAGGUCUACAAGUUCUGGCAGAAGAGUAACAAUCUCUUUCCUCCACCAGCUCUCUGGGGGAAGUUCACAAAAGAAGCCAUGAUAAUGUUCAACAAAUUCUUUUCUCAGGACCCCAUCUCUAGACCCUCUGUUUUUUCCAUCGUAAGCUUUACUCCCUAUCCUUGGAGAAUUCAAGAAUCCUACCAGGAGGCAGUGACAGAGGCGGAAGGUGGCAGUGAAGAAAUUGAAUUUGUUAUCAUACAGGAUCAGGAACCCACAGAGCAAGGUGGUGAAGACACUGGAGAAUUUGACUGUAUAAUCAUACAGGACCAGGAAUCUACAAUGGAAGGGGAAGGCAACCUUGAAAGGGUUCAUUUUGUGAUCAUACAGGAGCAGGAACUCCAUGCACUGUAUCCAGAAAUGGACCCAUGUGACCCUGGCCUGAUUGUUUUUUCAGAAAAUGAAACCUUGGUUUUAGGUUCAGAAGUUGAAAUUUCUUAGAAUCUUUGAACUUGUCUUCUGGGCACCGAAUACCAAAGGGGAGGAGUCUGGGACCCUGUGUGCUCUAUGGAUAUCAAUACGGUUUCCGAUUGGAUGUUACAAUUGAAACUACUACAUUUGCCAACAUUUUCAGGGCUUUACUGGUGUUGUGCAAAUAUUAGGUAAUGCUUUCCGUGGAAACUACAGCCAAAACGCACUUUAGUACAAAGGAUUAGAAUUACUGGCAGGCCCAGUGACCACCUCUCUGGAAGAGAGUGUUACAUUUUUUUAAUUUCUGCAUGCCUUUAAGUUAUUUAUUUUUUUAAACUUAAAUAAAAAAAAAU